AAAAUUGUAAAAUAAAAAUGAACGUAAAAGAAGAAGAAGAUGAAGAAGAAGAAAGUGCAUUGCCUUCGCGUGGAUAUAUACAUAUAUAUGUACAUAUGUGUAUGGCUUUAGACCAUUUUUAUCAUCCACUCACACAGCCGACACCCCACGCGUGGUUUACUAACAGUUCAGAUGUCUCGAGAUACUUGUGGUGUAUUCUUAUUAUAUAUUAUAUAUCCUUCGGCUUAGUUCUAUUUCAUUAAACUGUGAAAUUAAUCGACAUUGAAGACAUCUCGUUUUAAUCAUAGAUGCUUGAUAGCUUGUUUUAAUUAUUAAAAUGCCUUUAAAAUUCACUGCUUUCCUCAUCUUAUUAUUAGUAAUUUUUGCAAAAGGAUGUGAAGUAGAUCAAAUGCAUAAUGCAUGUAGGAUUAUUAAUAAUCAGUGUAAUUGUGGAUUUGGCUGUAAAUCGGAGUAUCGAUAUUUAACUCAGGAACAAUGUAAAAUAGCUUUAAAAGGAGAAGAAAACAAAUGUUCUUCUAAUCCAUGCAAUGCAGGUGCAUGUUUACAAAUCUCAGUACCACCUAAAUAUAAAUGUAGCUGUCAGGGUACUGGAUUUUAUGGUUUAAACUGUGAAAAAAAUUGUCAUGUUCCACUCGAUCGUCGUCAAAGAGUUUUUCGACCAUUCGAGUGCAUUGUAAUCUAGGUUCAAUAUUACAAAAGCUUUAAGAUAUAAAUCAAUUAUUUUAAUCUAUUAUGAUUUUAAAUAUUGUAAACUAAAUUUAAUUUUUUUUGUACAUAACAAAUUAUAAUUAAGUAUUCAAAGUAUCUAAAUAUUACAAAAAUUUCGUUUUGUAAUAUUCAUCAUUUUUUUCAAUUUCUCUUUUUUAUAAUAAAAAAAAAAAUUAUUAAUAAUAAUUUACAUAUAAGAAUGAAUGCGACAAGAUAGUUUUUAUUUUCUAGUUUAAACCAAUAAUAAUAUUAAUAAUAAUAAAAAUAAUAACUGUCACAUGAUCUUCGUACAAUAAAUUUUAUAAAAUAAUAAA